GGAAGGGAGGGAGGGAGGGAGGGAUCUCCGAGUCACGUUGACGGGAACGUGGGAGAGGGAAGGAGAGGGCAAGGAUGCCGCAGCCAGCCGAGCAGAAGAGCAAUGGAUUGGCAGGCGGGAUCAAGACAGAGACUCAGGAUUGUCGACGAUGCGAGACAAGCACCCCAAAAACGGGAGUGGUGGUGGAACGGUGGAAUCGCGUGUGAGGCGGGAAGCAAGGAGGAGGGGGGUGGAGGCAACACCACGAAGUAUAUAGAAAUGGACUGAGUGCCGGAAGAGAUGGAGGCAAUCGCUGAGGAGGCGAAAUCGCUGAGGAGACGAGUAUCUUCCUUCUUCUCUGCGGGGGAGCUCCUUGUUCUUAUAGUCAAGCCAGACGACGAGAUGAGGAGAAGGGCGUUGGGUUUAAUAGAGAG